AUGAGGGCUGAGACAUUGAUGUACGGGGUCCUGGUCGAGAGAUGGUGGGACACCACAGAUUCAUUCCACUUCUCAUCGAUCGGGGAGUUGACUCUGACCCCAUACGAUUUUUCGAUGCUCACCAACCUGCGGGUUAGAGUUGGUGGCCCGAUCCCAUAUGAUCCUGACAUGACGCAGUGGAGAGCCGCACAACGUCAGUUUCUCAAGGCGAUCUCGGACAUCACCAGUCAUGGGAUGGUGAGGUACAGUUGGUUUUACGAUCAUUUCUCUGAGUCCCAGCCCACUACUACAGAUGAGGUCACCCAGCACACCCGUGACUUCCUCAUGCAUCUUCUCGAUACUACCCUAUUUGCGAACCAGGAAAAUACCAUGCGGUUAUACCUUCUGGGGGCACUGGUGCACCUCCCCCAAGUGACAGAGUACGAUUGGGGUGGUGCUGGUCUGGCCACCUUACACUACUACAUGAGUUUUGUCUCCUGCCGCAAGGCGGAUUCACUCGGCGGUUACUUGAGGGUUUGGGAGCUCUGGGUUUAUACAUACUUCACCUCUUUGGCUCCGGUCCCGGUGAGGCUGAUUGAGUUGUCAGUACCCCACUCCUGGUUGACCGGCAUCACUAAGUGGGCAUUAACUAGGCAUCGAGGACGACCUACAUUGCGGGAUAGCAUGCCUCCACCAUACGGAUCGAGGGCCCCUUUGGCCGAGCUUACUACCUAG